UCACGUCACAUUCCCGCCCUCUAUUUCCUGCUUCCUGGUCACAUGUUUCCUGUGACAUCACUAGGUGAAUCUGGAGUAAAGGGAAGUAGCAGCUACCGUGCGCUCAAUGUCACUUAGGCUGUCACCUGAAGCUCUCCUUCUACAAUAGUAGCUUUGCGAUUAUCUGAGCCAUAAUGUGGCCUCUAAUAAUGACUGCAGCAAGGACUUAUGCUCCAUACAUUACCUUCCCAGUGGCACUCGUGGUGGGAGCGGUGGGAUAUCACUUGGAAUGGUUUAUUCGUGGAACCCCACAGCAGACUAAAGAAGAGCAGAGCAUUCUAGAAAAAAGAGAGGAAAGAGUCCUACAGGAGGCUGCAGGACGGGAUCUCACUCAAGUCACCAGUCUGAAGGAAAGACUGGAAUUUACACCCAAAGCUGCCCUAAAUCGCAAUCGACCAGAAAAAAGCUAAAAA